GUGCCUCAGUGCAUUCCAGUCCUACGGAGAAGAACGAUGCUGAACGCCUUGGGUUGGUGGAACCUGAGAAUCGAGCGAAAGUAACCCGACUUAACACUCAACGUAAAAGCAUAUCGGACGACAAACGUGUCGGGACAAAAUACAGGGAGACAUUGAUUGAAACAAUCUGGCACCAAUUAUGGAGUUAAAGAAAUCAAUUUCGGAAACUGACCGAACGCUGAAGAGCUACGGCGCUGUGCUUGAGACAGAGUGGCAAAUAGACAAAGCCCAGUCCGAUGUGUCCAUGGCGGAGAGCACUAUGUCUCCAGACGAGAUCGAGGUGGAGAUGGUAAGAAUCCAGCGUCUUCGAGAGGUCCUCGUGCGCCGGGAGUCCGAACUGCGCUUCAUGAUGGACGACAUUCAGCUGUGCAAAGACAUCAUGAGUCUAAAACAGGAGCUGAGGAAGAUUGUGGCAGUACCUGAGAAAGAAAAGACCAAGAAGCUCAGGCAGAGGGAGGAGGAGUUAAUCCUGAAGAUUCAUAAACUAGUUCAGAAACGGGAUUUCUUGGUGGACGAUGCAGAAGUGGAGAGAUUAAGGGAGCAGGAGGAGGAUAAGGAAAUGGCUGACUUCCUGAGGCUGAAGCUCAUGCCCCUGGAGAAGUUGGCCAAAGUCACACAGAGUCCUCCUAAACCCAAGAAGGUUGUCCCUGAGCCGCCCCCCAACAAGCCAUCUAUCGCCAAAUCAGGAGCCGCCAUCAUAAAGGACUGCUGUGGUGCCACCCAGUGUGCCAUUAUGUAACUGCUGCGACUCCCCAUGGACAGUUUCGCCUCAGAGAGCAGAGUGAUCUGUAAGCACCUGACCCAAGUCUCCUGAAAAAAACUCUCACCUCAUUGCCUACACCAGAGAACCCUGGUUGAAAAGCAGCUCCGGAAGAGGGGAGGACAGGUACAAACACACACAGCACACCCUGCACAAGCAGAAAAGACACAUGCACAGACAAACUACACAUACCCCCCAGGCAGGCAUAUUUCACAAAGAGAAACAAACUGCACAAACAUUUUACCAGAUGUAUUUCACACAUGACCGAAUGACAUUGACAGAUAUGUUUCACACACCGACAGCCAAACUGCACAGACAGAAAAUAUAUUUCACGUAUGAAUAAACUUCAUAAAGAACAAGUUCACAGGUUAACACUCAGGCAUCCCAACUGACAUACUGCACAGACAGAAGCCUUACAAGGGAGUGUCUAACUUAACGCUCUAGGUGAAUAUGUUGUCGCCUGCAUUAUUUUUAGCAGCACAGAUCCUGUUGGUACUUUGGUGCAACGUUUCUGAAACUUCACUGAAAGGCAAGUGCUUCAUUUGUCCCAGUCACUUCAGGAUUCAUUGGCUUUGUAUUGCCAGAAAUGUAGUGCGUUGCAGUCUGUCACAAAGCAGAUGGAUGAAAGUGCCAAAUGUAUACUUCUUCCCAGGAGCUCAGGAGAAAAAGAACAGUGCCAGCACACUGUCUGCAAAAUGGUAAUUACUACUGAGGUCACUUACUCCAGAAUGAAGAUUAAGUAUUCUUUUGCUUAAUGUUUCUCUACCACAUGCUUUUAAACCAGGGUUCUCUGUUGACUUGGAAAUGGGGGGAAUUACAUUGUCCUUAUAAAGUCCACUGUACACUAGUCUACACUGCUAUAUCGCUGUACUUGUAUAACAGGGGUAUUUAUGGUUAUUACUAGCCCUUUAAAAAGAUAACCUUAACACACCCACCCCCUCCUCUAAAUGAUCUAUUUUACUGAAGGCAGUCUCUCACAAACUGCUAGUGCUCUGGUUUGGUUUUAUAAAACAUGGUUUUAUCACAAGAUCAUAAACUUGGACUCACUGAAUGGAGGAGAGAAAAGAUUGAAAGAAAAAAAUUUCCAUUAGCUGAAAAACUGAAACUUGAACACUCAUGCAACACAGUAUAACAUAGUUUCUGUAUGUAAGAUGGGUCUUACAUGGUUUUCAGUCAUGAUAUCCAGGGAAUGUCAUAUAGAAGAAUACGAUUUUUGGCUUUCAAUUCAAGAUAAUACCUGGUUAUAGGGAUAGGGUCUUUCAACCCAGCCUAUAUUUAAGUAUAUGACUAAUAGGAGAGGUAGAGCUGGGUAGGACAGAUGCUGUAAAAAUGACAGGAUAGUUUAGGAACAUGGAAUAUUUCUAACUGUGGAAACCAGUGCAGCCAGUUGGGGAAUGGUCCGGAAGCUCCACACCUCAAUCUUUGUUUAAACAAAACAUUUCUUCACAAAAAAGCAAACUGUAUAUUUUGUAGUAUGUGUAUGAAUAAUUUCCGCGUUGCUGUUUUUCAGACAUGCAUAGUAAAUCAAAUCCUAUUAUGCUAAGGAAAAUUGAUUUACCUUAGAGGUAGUUCCAUCAUUUUCAACUUGUUUGUUAGUAUUGCUUUAGGGGAUGAAGAUAUAUUUGCAUGUUAAAAUGCUGAGUUUAGCGGUUAGAAUAUUCAUGCUAAACAUACAAACUAGAAUUAAUUGAGAGAUUUAUGCAAUUUGUGAAAGUCCAUGUAAAAUGUGUGUAAUCAAUAUGGCCACCAGUUUGUCUCCCCUUGUUUUCUUGCAUGGUAUUUUAGUCCUCUGCCAGCUAGACGUUGUGAUAGUCUUUCUGUCUAGCCCCUUCUCAAACAAUUAUCCCAUUAGGUUUUGUUAGAGGCAGUGGGAAACACCCAAAUUAAAAAUCAGAGCAGUUAUAUAACAUUUAACUUGCACAAUUAAAUUAAAAAAAAUGUAUUCAUGAUUCAACUAAUUAAAUAAGUAUGGUCUUCAAAACCCUGAGUAGGAUCAGGUGUCUUAGUGCUGGGCUAAAACAAAAACCUGCUUUAUAUGGAGUACCAGAGUCUGCUGGUUUUUGUUUUUCCCUUAAAAUCAGCAACUGAUUCAGACCCAAGAAACCAGGUGACCUGGAUUAACUGUAACAAACUUCCUUAUCCGAUCAAUUGCUGUGCUACUCAAGUGCUGAGUAACAAUUAAAGCCAGCAGACCCUGCUGCUCUCCAGGACCAGGAGUGAAGAGCACUGGCUCAAAGAGAUGCUUUUUGCACCAAUUAACUUCCAUCCAUGUUCACUUUUCCUUCCUGACUCUCCCCAUAUUAGAUCAACCAAUUACUUUCAUAAAUUUCUCGAUUUGAAAUUCUGUUAUAUGAUUGAUCACUUUACUGUGCCAAUGGAGUGCCCAUGGGGACCCCUAGAGGAAAACCAUUGAAAUACAAGUUUAAAUCCCUGCAGGUCACAUGGUGGAGACAAACUGGUGGCCCAAGUAAUGGGGAUGUUUUCUGUGAUUUACUCAGAAACAGUGAUUUAGUUCAGGGGUGGGGGAGGAGGGUCAAACCAGCUUCUCAUUUUCGCUGGGUCCUCUUCCAUGCAGGCUCACAUAAGUUGACACUGCAAGUCCGCAGUGAAAGCUUUAUUUCUUUGAGCACACAGGAGAAAAUCAGCCAUGUGAAUCAAUCCCAUUCUGCAUGUCCUCUAAGUUCACCAUAAGGCAGAUAAUGCUUUAAUUAACAUCAUUGUGCAUAGUCUGCACGAAUAACAGAUCCUGCAAAGCAGUUUAAGUGAUAACUAUAAAAACAUUCUUUAUGAUUAACUAUAACAUAGAGAAGGUGAAAAUAUAAAAGAACAUGCAAAUAUUCUCAAUAGAUAUAACAUGUAAAAGAAACACAAUCCACAUCUAAUCUUAAUUACUUAAUUAGAUCAAUCAAUUAUGUGGCCUGACAUUUUUACCACAUUUCUUGACAAACCCAUGAAUAUCAGCUGUUCUUGUACCAGCCGUUCCCUGUGCUAAAUAGUGUACUAUAGUAUACAGCUAAUUAGGAAAUGAAGUGGAAACAGGCUAAUUUGUGGAAACUGAACCAUGCAUACACAUCAGCCCUCUAGGGUGACUAAUCCACCCCUGCACUAGUCCAACACUGCUCCUCUGGAGAGAAAAAAACAAAAUGUGACAUUUACAGUAAUUUGUGAUUGUGACUUUUUAAGAAAGGUGCUUAAGUAAGAACAUUGUCUGUAUGCAGCAGUGCUGAAAUAUGAGCCCUGUAUAUACGUUUGAAUAAAUGCAUCUUUCUGGAAUGCA